UCAGCUGAUUGUAGAGGAUGCCGGUCAUCGGAACCUACUAUCGAUAUCACGAACCGAUGAGCAAAAGAGCGAUUAAUGAACCACUAGUUCCGUACCAUCGGGCACGUUGUGUGCCACGCAAAAACGCCGCAAAUAAGUUGGAUUUCUGAUAUAAAAGCAAUGGGAAAAAAACUAGAGCGGAACGACGUGUGUCGCGUGCCGGAGAACAUCAAUUUCCCGGCCGAGGAGGAGAACGUACUGCAAAAGUGGCGAGACGAAAAUAUCUUCGAAAAGUGCAGCCAGCUGUCGAAGGGAAAGCCCAAAUACACGUUCUACGAUGGACCGCCCUUUGCAACCGGGCUGCCCCACUACGGACACAUCCUUGCUGGCACCAUCAAGGACAUCGUCACACGGUACGCAUACCAGCAGGGAUACCAUGUGGACCGUCGCUUCGGCUGGGAUUGCCACGGACUGCCCGUGGAGUUCGAGAUUGACAAGCUGCUGAACAUCAAGGGUCCCGAGGAUGUGGCCAAGAUGGGAAUCGCCGCCUACAAUGCAGAGUGCCGGAAGAUUGUCAUGCGUUACGCAGAUGAGUGGGAGAAUGUGGUGACGCGCGUGGGUCGCUGGAUCGACUUUAAGAACGAUUACAAGACGUUGUACCCAUGGUACAUGGAGUCCAUUUGGUGGAUCUUCAAGCAGCUGUUCGACAAGGGUCUGGUCUACCAGGGCGUUAAGGUGAUGCCCUAUUCCACCGCCUGCACAACGUCCCUUUCGAACUUCGAGGCCAACCAAAACUACAAGGAGGUUGUGGACCCUUGCGUAGUCGUUGCACUGGAGGCCGUUUCGCUGCCCAAUACCUUUUUCCUAGUGUGGACCACCACGCCGUGGACACUGCCCUCUAACUUCGCAUGCUGUGUUCAUCCGACGAUGACCUACGUAAAAGUGCGCGACGUGAAGAGCGACCGACUUUUUGUUCUCGCAGAGUCUCGUCUCUCUUAUGUGUAUAAAUCGGAGACGGAGUACGAAGUGAAGGAAAAGUUUGUUGGCAAAACCCUUAAGGACCUUCACUACAAGCCGCUUUUCCCCUACUUUGCAAAGCGCGGAGCUGAGGUAAAAGCUUAUCGUGUCCUGGUCGACGAGUACGUGACUGAGGAUUCCGGUACGGGUAUUGUGCACAAUGCUCCCUACUUCGGAGAAGACGAUUAUCGUGUGUGCCUGGCUGCGGGCCUCAUCACAAAGUCCAGUGAGGUCCUGUGCCCAGUGGACGAGGCAGGACGGUUUACUAACGAGGCCAGCGAUUUCGAGGGCCAAUACGUCAAGGAUGCCGAUAAGCAAAUAAUUGCCGCGCUGAAGGCACGAGGAAACUUGGUUUCCAGUGGCCAGGUGAAGCAUAGCUACCCAUUCUGCUGGCGGUCAGACACGCCUCUUAUCUAUAAGGCGGUUCCUUCCUGGUUUGUGCGCGUCGAGCACAUGUCUAAAAACCUGCUUGAUUGCAGUUCCCAAACGUACUGGGUGCCGGACUUCGUCAAGGAGAAACGUUUUGGAAACUGGCUGAAAGAGGCCAGAGAUUGGGCUAUCUCCCGCAAUCGCUACUGGGGCACACCGAUUCCUAUCUGGAGGUCGCCUAGCGGGGAUGAGACCGUCGUUAUCGGCAGUAUCAAGCAGUUGGCCGAGCUGUCCGGCGUUCAGGUCGAGGAUCUGCAUAGAGAAAGUAUCGACCACAUUGAAAUACCAUCGGCAGUUCCUGGAAAUCCACCGCUGCGUCGCAUAGCUCCUGUUUUUGACUGUUGGUUUGAAUCAGGUUCAAUGCCGUUCGCACAACAGCAUUUCCCUUUUGAAAACGAAAAGGACUUUAUGAACAAUUUUCCGGCUGACUUUAUAGCUGAGGGCAUCGAUCAGACCCGCGGCUGGUUCUACACACUCCUUGUGAUUUCGACGGCGCUGUUUAAUAAGGCACCAUUUAAAAACCUCAUUGCAAGUGGGCUGGUCUUAGCUGCUGAUGGUCAGAAAAUGUCGAAGCGCAAGAAGAACUAUCCCGAUCCAAUGGAGGUGGUCCAUAAGUAUGGAGCGGAUGCUCUCCGUUUGUACCUUAUCAAUUCGCCCGUCGUUAGGGCCGAGAGUCUGCGUUUUAAGGAAGAAGGUGUGCGCGACAUAAUCAAAGAUGUGUUCCUACCGUGGUACAAUGCAUACCGAUUCUUACUACAAAACAUCGUUCGAUAUGAGAAGGAGGAUUUGGCAGGAAAUGGGCAAUAUACUUAUGAUCGUGAACGCCACUUAAAGAAUAUGGAUAAGGCCUCCGUAAUAGAUGUGUGGAUUUUGUCUUUUAAGGAAUCCUUACUCGAGUUCUUCGCCACUGAGAUGAAAAUGUAUCGCCUGUACACUGUCGUACCCCGACUGACAAAGUUCAUCGAUCAACUUACCAAUUGGUAUGUUCGACUCAAUCGACGUCGCAUCAAGGGUGAAUUGGGAGCUGAUCAGUGCAUUCAAUCACUUGACACGCUUUACGAUGUUCUAUACACAAUGGUUAAAAUGAUGGCUCCUUUCACGCCCUACCUUACGGAGUACAUAUUCCAGCGCCUGGUAUUGUUCCAGCCAGCAGGAACCCUAGAACAUGCUGACUCAGUUCACUACCAGAUGAUGCCGGUCAGUCAGAAAAAAUUUAUUCGAAACGACAUUGAGCGCUCGGUGGCUUUGAUGCAAUCAGUCGUCGAGCUGGGUCGUGUUAUGCGGGAUCGAAGAACCUUGCCUGUUAAGUAUCCCGUUUCGGAGAUCAUAGUAAUUCACAAGGACUCGCAAGUCCUGGAGGCAAUCAAGAGCUUGCAGGACUUCAUUCUUAGCGAACUCAAUGUUCGAAAACUUACGCUGAGCUCUGAUAAGGAGAAAUAUGGUGUAACACUGAGAGCAGAGCCUGACCACAAGGCGCUAGGACAGCGGCUUAAGGGCAAUUUCAAAGCGGUUAUGGCUGCUAUCAAGGCUCUCAAGGAUGAUGAAAUUCAGAAGCAAGUUUCGCAAGGCUACUUUGACAUUCUGGAUCAAAGAAUUGAACUUGAUGAAGUUCGCAUCAUUUACUGCACAUCUGAGCAGGUUGGAGGAAACUUUGAGGCUCACAGCGAUAAUGAGGUAUUGGUACUGUUGGACAUGACGCCCAACGAAGAAUUACUUGAAGAGGGUUUGGCUCGUGAGGUCAUAAAUAGAGUGCAGAAACUGAAAAAGAAGGCUCAACUUAUACCGACCGAUCCCGUUCUUAUCUUCCAUGAGCUAACUGCCGAUAACAAAGCUAAGAAGGAGAUCCUGGAGGCUCAGGCUCAGCUAACCAAAGUUUUGUCCAACUAUGCCAGCAUGAUCAAAACGGCCAUUAAGUCGGAGUUUGCCCCCUAUUCAUCUGAGCAGGCGUCCAAGAAGCGCUUAAUAGCUAGUGAGCUUGUCGAUCUUAAAGGAGUUCCCUUAAAGUUGACUAUUUGUUCGACCGAGGAAUUACAGCUUCCUAAUUUGCCUUGGUUAAAUAUAUCCUUGGCAGAAGAUCUGGUGCCACGAUUUGGAAAUAGCAGCAAAGCAUCUCUAUUUCUGCAGCACAACGUUAGCAAGGAAAUUAUUUCACUGCCCACACUUCGCUCCGAGUUGGAACAUUUGUUUGGAUUGUAUGGAGUCAACUUUAAUAUCUACGUUGUUGAUCACCAAAAACAGACUUCUGAACUAAAGUCUAUCGAUGAAAACCUGAGCGGAAAAUUGCUUGUUUUAGCUCGAAGCCAAGAUGCACCGAAACUAUCAGCAGGCUAUGAACUAUCCCCCGCUCCAUACUCCAAAUUCAUCAACCAGCCUUCAGGAAAUUCUAUCUUCACGGAGAAUCCCUUGGGACGCGCCUUAUGUUAAUCUUAAGGAUUGCUAUUGGUAUUUAAUUGAAAACGAAUCGAAACUGAAAUAAAUGUUGUCAACUUUUCAAAAAAGUUGUAAACCUUA